UGUCCUGCAGAGCUAGGAGAGGAGCCCGGAGCUCACACCUGCAUCCACACCUCCAGCCCCACAACUCCCAUGGCUGACCAACUGACGGAGGAGCAGGUGGCAGAGUUUAGGGAGGCCUUCUCCCUGUUCGACAAGGACGGGGACGGCACCAUCACCACCCAGGAGCUGGGCACCGUCAUGCGGGCCCUGGGCCAGAACCCCACGCAAGCCGAGCUCCAGGGCAUGGUGAGCGAGAUCGACCGGGACGGCAAUGGCACCGUGGACUUCCCCGAGUUCCUGGGCAUGAUGGCCAGGAGAAUGAAGGACAGGGACAACGAGGAGGAGAUCCGGGAAGCCUUCCGCGUGUUCGACAAGGACGGCAAUGGCUUGGUCAGCGCAGCCGAGCUGAGGCAUGUGAUGACCAGGCUGGGGGAGAAGCUGAGCGACGAGGAGGUGGACGAGAUGAUCCGGGCGGCAGAUGUGGAUGGGGACGGGCAGGUCAACUACGAGGAGUUCGUCCGCAUGCUGGUCUCCAAGUGAGAG